UACUGCACUAGCGCAGAGCUCUGCUGUAGAGAGAGGUGAGAAGAUGAUCAGGAAUGCUGCCACACCUGAUGACUGGUGAUGAUGGAUUGAAUUUAUAUUAAGAUCAAAGGAUACUAUUUGAUACAAUAUUGAAAAAUCUUUGCAUCUCUUGUUCUGGGGUCUACUGAAGCCCCUCUGUAGGCUAAUGUUAGAUUGGGGGUCUGAUAUUGGAUGUCUGACUGCAUAAAGAGCAGCUCUAACUGGCAGCUCAGUGAGGUGAGGACAAUUUAGCUUGGCUCCAGCAGUCAGAGAUAUAACAGGAGUCAACGGCUGCGUGAUUGCUCCGUGGAAAACGUGAGCAGAAAGAGGAAUAUGAACUAAGAACCGCAGUCUAAACCCGUGAAGGAAUACGUUGUUGUUGUUAUUAUCGUUUAGAAAAAAACGCAGGCAGUCAUCACUCAGGAUAGCCCCGUUUAUUCCGGGAAUCGCCUGUUUUCACAGUGAAGCUUCAGAGGAGUAUCAUCAUGAUGACUGUACGUGAAAAAAUCAAGAAGAAACCUCCAAAAGACAGCCUGACCCUGCUACCCUGCUUCUAUUUUGUAGAGCUGCCCAUAGUGGCUUCCUCCAUGGUUUCCCUUUACUUCUUGGAGCUCACGGAUGUGCUCCAGCCAGCACAGGUGGGAUUUCGCUGCCAUGACCGCUCUCUCAGUAUGCCCUACGUGGACAGCGGAGAUGAGCUCAUUCCUCUGCUCAUGCUUUUGAGUCUGGCGUUCGCUGGCCCUGCCGCCUCUAUCAUGAUGGGUGAGGGUCUGCUGUAUUGUAUGCAGUCCAAACUAAAGUUUCGCCCGGGUAUUGAGGGGAGCAUCAAUGCUGGGGGCUGUAACUUUAACUCUUUCCUGCGGAGAACUGUUCGUUUUGUUGGUGUUCAUGUUUUUGGUCUUUGUGCGACAGCACUGGUCACUGAUGUCAUCCAGCUGGCCACUGGCUAUCACACACCAUUCUUUCUUACAGUGUGCAAACCCAAUUAUACUGUCCCAGGUGUGUCCUGUGACAAGAACCCUUACAUAAUCAAAGACAUCUGCUCUGGCCAGAAUCAGCAUGCCAUUCUAUCUGCCAGGAAAACCUUUCCUUCCCAGCAUGCAACCCUCUCUUCCUUUGCUGCUGUUUAUAUUUCAAUGUACUUCAACUCAACAAUCUCAGAUAGCACCAAGCUGCUCAAACCCGUUCUGGUUUUUGCCUUUGCCAUUGCGGCUGCUUUGACAGGACUCACUCAGAUCACCCAGUACCGAAGUCACCCCAUUGAUGUUUAUGUUGGGUUCUGUAUUGGAGCUGGUAUUGCUGCAUACCUGGCUUUCCAUGCUGUUGCCAACUUUAAAUCUCUAGAGGACACUGCUAUCCCUCAACCCCCUCUUCUGCAGAAAGAUGCGUUGAGGGCUCUGGCUCAGCGAGGUCACGACUCUGUCUAUAACAAAGGACACGCGUCUGAGAGCAAUGAGGAAAUUACAUCCCCAGCAUCUCUAGAUGGUCUGAACCGGCCUGUAAAGCGAGAGAAAGCCUCCCUGGGCAGCUUAAAAAGGGCUAGUGUGGAUGUGGAGUUGCUGGCACCACGUAGCCAUAUGGGUAAGGAGACCAUGGUUACUUUCAGCAAUACAUUACCCCGUGCUACAGCUCCAGAGGAACCAACAAGGCGUCUGGUGACGGUACCUGUGCCUGUACCAUUGGACCCUAUGCGGUCUCAGCAGUUGGUGUCUGAAUGGAAGCAAAAAUCGAUGGAGAUGCGAUGCGGAAGCUUUCCAGAUGAAGACACCAGCGAGCAAGGCUCAGACGGUGGCGACGACACUACAACAGAAGAAGACAGUGUGCAUUCUUCAAUCUAUCCAUCUGUUUCACAGCCCACCAAACCAGCUAAUCCACCAGCUGGAGCAAGAGUAGUGAUGCCCCCUCGUCCCCCCGGGCAGCCCUCUGUACCCCCACCUGUAUCCCCUAAAAGUGCAAGCACUCGGGCUAAAUGGGUGUCCAUCACUGAGAAAAGUGGUGCCAAUAUUCCAGCCCUCAAGGGAGGAAAUCAGCCUCGGCUCAUGCAGGUCAUCGCCAUGUCAAAGCAACAGGGACUCCUGUCUGGAUCGGCCAAAUCCUCUGAGACAUCAUCCUCUUCCUGUACAUCAUCCAUCACAGGCACAGAGUCAUCACCCAAUCGCACACCCUCAGAACGUGACAGCGGUUCGGGCAUUGUCACCGUAGAUGCACAUGCCCCCCACCACCCUGUGGUACGUAUGACCUCCAACCCCAAUAACCCCUGGGAGUGGAGAGGAUCUUCUGAUGGAAACAUGACAGAGUCAUAUGAGCUCAAGAAUCUCAACCGUAAGGGUUCCCAUGGUUACCGGCACAUCAGGAGCGCCUCUCCUUGUUCCUCUACCAGUGAGGCAGAGCAUGCACUUUCCCAGCCCCCUGAGCCCCCCCAGCCACCACUUCCCCCACAACUCCCACCCGUUGGUCAAACCACAGGGGGUCGCAGUCUGCGGCGCAAGACCCCUUUGGUUCUGCUGGACAGGGAGAGCAUUCAGAACCACCCUGAACAGGACAACUACUACAAAAAGCUACAAAGUGGCAGGCAUGUCAAAGAGUGACAAUGCCCUUAGGAAUGAAGUUAUAAGCACAACUACAAAUGGCGGAGUGAACAUCACCAUGCACUUCCCACUCUAUUACUGGACAUUUAAUUGGUUUUGAUUGCUUUAUUUGACUCCAUUGGGAAUAUAUGAAGGACUGGACCAACUAAAAAAAUAUUUGAGUAAAUAGAGCUUCAUGGGAGAUCCUGCAUAAAAUGACUUAAGAGCACAACUACAAUAUAAAAACUGGGAGUUUUUUCAUUUUACUAUAUUUACAUAAUCUCACAAUCCUGGGCAGAUUGUAAAUUAAGGUUAAGGUUUAUUUGUAUUGGUGAUUUUUCUGUUCAUACUUGACAUUAAGAUCUAAAUUGUGUGGCUGAGAUAUCAAGCUAAUUUUAUGUGUAUGUGUGUGUGUGUGCACGAUUGUUUAGUGGAUGUUGUAGUGAUACAAUGAUAUUAGAAAAUAUUUAAUUGCCUUGUCUGCUGUAACACUCAUGGCAAAAUCUAAAUGAUUUCAAUAUUUUUGUUGGCUCUUAAUGAAGGAGAGCAAGGGUAAUGUCCAAGAAUGUACCAAGAUUCAAGAUUGGUGGGACCUAAUUAAAUAGUUUAGGACUCAUCCAUUGAAAAGCCCAGAUUUGUUGACCAUAAAUCUUAAUAUUGAAGGAAUGUGUGGUACCCUGGUAAUGUCAUUUUACAUGUGCAAUCUCAUAAUAACUGCUGAUAAACAGCAUUCUGGUCAUUUCAAAUCUACCGAAGAUUUGUCUAUUCUAUGAAACUUUGGUGGAAAAUAUGCGAGUACCUUGAAUAAGCACUUAUAAAUAACUUUCAUCUCUUUGUUUGUCAAGAGGUGAAUUGGAACUUUAUAGGUAUUUAAGAUGAAUUUUAGAAUGAACUGGAUUUUCACAUAAUGUGUCUUUCAUGUACCUUGUACUUCAGAACAGCAAUUCUACAACAGGUUCAUGUGAAGAAUUUAUUACAGGUCCCACAUUUUAUGUGUCAUAAUGAGAAAAAAAAAAGACUUUUCCAGGUGUAAAUCAAAAAAAUAUUUCUACAAACUCUCUGGCACUGAUCUUUGAUUAUUAGCAUCUUCUUUAUCAUGCUGUUUCCCAGACCAAAGCUCUCCUCUAGAUGGACUUGAUGCAUGUUAUGUGCGUGUUGUCAAGGUGAAUGACCACGUUUACAUGCACUUAAGAAAACGGUUUAUUCCAGGGUUUUUGCUGUAAGAGGAGUUCUGAAACAUUGUGUUGUUUAAGCUGUUUAAGGGAUUAAGACUAAGCAGUUUAACAAAUCCAGGUUUCUCUCAGAGAAUGUGGCUUAUGUGGUCAUGUAAACAUAUAAGUGGUGUUCCAACAGGUUUUCGAAGAGUGCAAAUGUGCGUAAAGAGACCAGAUAACAAACGGAGCCCAACAACAAGUCAACAAAGUGGAAAUAAUUAAAAAAAUUUGGGAGUACAGUGGGAUAAGCACAUACACUAUAAACUAUACCCAUUUAUACACACCAAUGUAAAAUAUAGACACGGUCCCUCAUGAUUACACUGGGGAAAUCCCAGAGUUUUAUGUAAGAGGGAAACCCCACUCUUACAGCGCAAUUUGCGAUAGGAAGUUUGGAAAACAAAGACUGCAACAACUCUGGAAUAUCUGGAAAUAAAGCGAAGGAACAGGCAAUAAAAAUAGUGAAGUUUUCUUCGAAUACCAUGUUUGUUAUAUACAGAAGUGUUGUGAGGAAAUUACAUUGCUGUGGACAAAGCAGCUUUACUAACUGAACCGCAUGUACACAAGAGUAAAGGGUACGGCACGUAUACAGUGCAUGUAAAUGCACUGUACUUUCUUGCAAUAUGCCACUUUCUUGCAAUAAGCCGCUUUCUGGUGUUCAUGUAAACGUAGUCAGUGAAGAAUACAGAUUUAAUAUAAUGUAGAUGUACAGCAGUCACUGCAGUCUGAAUUCUGUGUGUGUCAGCUCUCUCUUUACGGUGCUGUGGGCUGCUCCAGGAUCUCUGUGGAUGAUUGUUCAAAAUAGAUGCUUCGUGCUGUUGAUGCAGUUUCUGAAAAAGUGACAAAAUAAAAGACAACAAUAAACAAGAUGCUGUAUAUUAAGAUGAAUGAGUUCAGUGUUUAUUCAAGAUGAUUUCAUCCCUGUUUCACCCCCCCAAACAAUGAGUUACAAUAACAAGGCAAGGGUUAUAAAUUUCAGUUUUUUUUCAGUGCGCUCAAGCAUCUCCUUCAAUUACUUACAUUCAAACAGAUGUUGUAGAUCGUUUCAAGACUGGAGUACAGUUGACGUAUCUCACAUAUUGAUAUGUAUUGAUAUACAGUAUAUGGGUCCUAUAGGUCUACUAGUCUGAUGUGGUGUAAUGUGCGUUCUAAUGGGGUUUGAUGUGGAGUCUGUUGUGGUUUUUAGGGAGUCUGUUGAAUUCAUAUAAGGUCUGAUGUGGUCUCUAGAGGGUCUGAUUAGAUCUAAUGAAGUCUUCUGUGGUUUCUAGGGGGACUGAGGAGGUCUAAUGAGGUUUGAGGUUGUCUCUAGGUGGCAUGAUGUGGUUUCUGGGGAGUCUGAGGAGGUCUAAUGGGGCUUGAUGAGGUCUAAUCGUUCUAAUUUUCUAUCUAGUUUUCAGUCCAAAUGAAAGUGAACCUAUAUCUCGAAAAUGUCUGUAAUUUAGGUAUAAACACUAUAGAUUUGUUUAUAUUUUCAAAGAAAUGACAGAUGCAGUGUACUGCAGAUUUAUUCCACAAAAAGUAGUAGGCCUAAAGUAAUACAUUUUACAGGUGUAGCUACAGGCUAAGUAUGUCCCACGCUCUGAAAUUAUAUCUUAUCCUGUUUCAAAAUUUUACAGGUAAUGGUGUGUCACAUCUCUUAGUAUCCUUUACUCAAAUUAUCUGGGUUAUCCCACAAUCUCUCAA